GCAGAAGCAGGCAGCCGAACUUCACACACGAGAACGUGCUCUGCAACGGCCAGUAAACCAGCGUUAUGGUCAGGGGAUCAACCAUCGGUGGCUUGGGAAAUCUUCACCUAACCACCAGGUAAAGAUGUUAAAAUGCCGGUCCACGGACUCACUCCCAUCCUGCUCUGCUUGUUACCCAUCUGGAUUAUACCGAGCCCAGCAUCGAGUCAUCCACAACUCAGCGAAUGUCGGCUGAUACAAAGAACAGCUCUCUGCAACGAUGCCAAGCUCAGUUCUGUGCCUCCAGGAUUACCACGCAACAUCGAGGAACUUCAGCUCAACUACAAUCACCUCCAAACACUACAGGACGACUCUCUGCUCCGUUACCCUUCACUAACCAGUCUGAGCGUAGCUUGUAACAGUUUGGAGAAAUUAGAAUCAAACACUUUUCAAGACUUAAGCUUGUUAGAAAGCCUCAACUUGGCAAAUAACUCCCUGUAUAUUGGCUACCCAGAAACCAGCCAGGCAUUCAAGAAGCUACCCGGUCUCAAAGUUCUGGAUCUGUCAGAGAACAAACUGGAGGAUGAAAUGGCAGCCACUCUUCUCCAAAAUCUGACGUCCUUGGAGUACCUCAAUCUUUCUGGAAACCUCUUGCGGAGAUUGGACGAGACCUCGUUCAGGGACCUGAACAAGCUGAAAGAGCUCAACCUGCAAAGGAACAUCAUAUUUGAGAUUGAUGGAGCCUUUGGCAGCAAUUCCAAGCUCCAGCGGCUCAACUUGGCCUUCAACUACCUGCCUUGCCUAACAGACUUCCACAUGACCCACCUAGUGGUCCUCAAUGCCAGCCACAACUUCAUCGAGUGGUUCAUCUCCAGACAAGACCUUAAUGACACUUUCCAGCUCGAGACACUUGAUCUAUCAGAUAACAAACUGCUCUUCUUUCCUUUCUUGCCCAGCCAUAGUCACUUACGCAACCUUUACCUGUCCCACAACAGCCUUAGGUUCUACGAACAGCUAGCAGACGAUGCCCCGUUACCUAACUCGACGACAACUGUCGAGUUCUACAACCUGAGGAAGUAUGCGAGCAAUGUGACUGCCGAGUUGUGGGAUGACAGUCUUCAUGGGGACAUCUCUUCUCUAGAGAUUUUGGAUCUAAGAGGAAACCAGGUAGAGUAUUUCCCCCACGGAUUCAUCCAGAAAAUGCCCUUCCUGUCCAGACUUCAAAUGUGCACCAACUGUUUGGAAUCCUUAAAUCUAACAUCCGAACAGUUCCCUGGCAGCUUGUACGAGCUGGACAUCAGCAACAACAGACUGAAGCAGGUUGUAGCAGAUGAAGGAACGCUGACGGUUCUUGGCAAUCUGACCUACUUCAACCUGAGCCUCAAUGAUCUCGAGUGGUUACCCUCGAGAUUCUUUUCCUCACUGCCAAGCCUCAUAUCCGUGGAUCUCAGCUACAACCACAUUAACAUUUGUCUCUCUGAGGAAGCUGAGAUCAGUACAGACCGUGUCUCAGCUUGUGUGGACUGGAGAAAUGUUGUGUCCCUUGGGCAGCUUUACCUCAAAGGAUGCGACCUUAAAUUAAUUCCAUCGUCUGCAUUUGCAGGGUUGUCGCUAACGCACCUGGAACUGUCCGAUAACCCUGGACUCGUCCUACAAUCAAUACAAAGCCUCAGCAGAACUUUGCAGCAUCUAGGUUUAGGAAACACUCACAUACAAGACUUUGACUUUUCCCAUUUUAAACAUCUGAAGUUUUUAAACAUUUCAAGGAACUCUCUCGCCCACCUUUCCCCUUCCCUCCUAACUCUUGAUCUGAAAGUGCUCGACUUGAGGGACAACAGACUGUCCACUAUCCCCCCAGGUCUGGCUAACGCAUUAGCUCCAAACCUGCAGAUUGUUUUCCUCACAGGAAAUCCGUUCAACUGCUGCCAAACAGAAUGGUUCAGGACCUUUGUAAAUUCAAAGACAAUCAAAAUGGUCGGACUAUCAGACAUUGAAUGUGAAGAUCAAGUCCGGACACAGCAAUUGCAGCACUUAGAGUCAUCUGUGUGUUUCAACAAAGCUGGGGAAUCUAUAUACUGGUACAUUCUGCUCUUUGUAUCCAUAAGUCUUUCAUUUGUUGGCAUUUCAGUUAUGGUUCUUCUCACGUUCAAGCCCCAAAUGAUGAAAAAAUCUAUUAAAAAGAGGUGUCUGAAGUCUACAUCUUAUUAAAACUGUAAUCUCCACAGCAUAUCACUGAGAAAUGUUUACUGAAUGUAUUUUGGUAAUGAAUUGAAUUAUCUGUAAAAGUGUCUGCAUUGAUGAAGGAGCAAUCGUAAAAGAGUAUGUAAAUAA